GCUCCUUCCCCAUCUGAGCUUCGGGAAAGAUUUCAUCUUCCUGAAAAGGAGUCUCGGGCUUUCCCAGAGGACCUGAAAGGCCUUCCCCGAACCAGCCCCACCAAACUCUGCUGGAAGGUUUCCUUUUCUUUUUCAACUUCACCUUGAGCAAAUGACUUUCUCUUGAGCAUCUCAAUUUCCCCUCGCCUGGGGCAAGUGUAGAGACGUCAACCUGGUUAUCCAGUAGGACAGAAGGCCGAGUCCCGCACUGGCCCCUGUGAACUGUUUGACUGCACGUGAGUUGCUCUGUUUGCGACUUACUCGCUAAGAAGAGCCACGCUGGGAAGCGGCCCGACAGACGAGCCCACGCGCGGGAGCCGAGCGGGCGGGCGAGCCGGGCGCCUCGCCGCCGCAGGCCGGGCAUGAAGUCCUGCAAGCCCCGCGGCCCGCCGGCGGGAGCGCGCGCGGCGCCCCAGUGCGCGGGCGGCGGCGAGUGCGCGGGCUCGUGCGCCGGGGCCGGGCGGCCGGAGAGCGCGGCGCGCAGGCGCCUGGCGGCCAACGCGCGCGAGCGCCGCCGCAUGCAGGGGCUCAACACGGCCUUCGACCGCCUGCGCAGGGUGGUGCCGCAGUGGGGCCAGGAUAAAAAGCUGUCCAAGUACGAGACCCUGCAGAUGGCGCUGAGCUACAUCAUGGCUCUGACCCGCAUCCUGGCCGAGGCCGAGCGAUUCGGCUCGGAGCGGGACUGGGUCGGUCUCCACUGUGAGCACUUCGGCCGCGACUACUACCUCCCGUUCGCGGGCGCGAAGCUGCCGGGCGAGAGCGAGCCCUACGGCCCCCGGCUCUUCGGCCUCCAGCCGGAGCCCUUCCAGGCGGCCACCUAGGGCGCCCGGCGAGGCGGAGCCGCCCUUGCCCACGUAGCCUGCCGUGCGAAGGAUGCUUUCUUCCAAUGUCAUUAGUAAACUUUCAGGUUACCUAUAUUCGCAACAUCAGACCUGUGGACACAAUCAUUUUAUUGCCUUUCCUUUCCCCUCCUCUGUAUUUUGUAGAUGCCAUUACUGGAUCUUGUGAAUGGUUUUGUUUGCUGUGAAAGUAAUGUCCCCGGCCCCUUUUCUGGGCUACUUUGAGGGAAAACAGUCUUUAAAAAAAAUAAGAGUAGGCUAUUCUGCUGUUCCAGUCCUCAGAGAAAUAAUCACGUUCUUAAACUUUGUAAGUUUGUCCUGUUCCGGUGAAGUUACAGUAUCCAUUACUUGUGUACGCUCAAAACAGAGCUACCUUCCUGUCGUGUACGUGCAUUUACUCUUAGUGCAUUGUGUUGCAUGCAUGAUGUAGAGUCAGACCCUUUCGUCGGUAGAGUACAUGGGCAUGAGCGCUCUGUAUUUUUUUAAACUGCGUACACAUUAUUAAAAUAUAGAUUUUGUAAGAUAUAAA